AUUUCAGAUACCUCGGACACAAUGCGCAUGUCUGGAUCUCUGGAUUCAUAAAAUCCAAGCACUUUCUAAAUUGACGAUAGAAAAUUUUUCACGUUCGUAUAAAAAUCCUGCUAUUUUAUCAUUAUAGCCAAGACAAACAACAAACAACAAACAAAUGUUCUCAUUUAAUAUGUUCCCGGAUAUACCAAGGCCCUUUAAUACACAGUACAAAUGUUUUUCCGUGUCUAUGUUACCCGGAAAUGAUAGACAAGAUGUUGAAAGAGGUGGAAAAAUUAUUAUGCCUCCUUCCGCUUUGGAACAACUGACGAGACUGAACAUCGUUUAUCCUAUGCUAUUUAAGCUCACCAACAAAAAAACCAAUCGCAUAACUCAUUGCGGUGUUUUAGAGUUUGUUGCAGAUGAAGGGAAAGUCUACCUUCCAUAUUGGAUGAUGCACAAUCUCCUAUUGGGCGAGGGUGAAAUUCUAAACAUUGAAAGCGUAUCACUGCCGGUUGCGACAUUUUCCCGCUUCCAACCCCAGUCUGAGGAUUUUUUGGAUAUAACGAAUCCAAAAGCGGUGCUGGAGAAUGGUUUAAGAAGUUUCGCGUGUUUGACAACUGGAGAUAUUAUUGCCAUUAGAUAUAAUCAACGAAUAUACGAAAUGUGUGUUCUCGAAACACGGCCAGGACCAGCAGUUAGUAUUAUCGAAUGCGAUAUGAAUGUCGAAUUUGAUGCGCCGGUCGGUUACAAGGAGCCCGAGAGAGAAACAAAGAGAGAUGAAAAUACGAUAGAUCCGGUCGAUAUGAUGCCCGACCCAACAGGUUUCGUCGCUUUCAAAGGACAAGGCAAUCGUUUGGACGGCAAGAAACGAAAAGAUUCGGCUCAAUCGGAAAAUCAAAUUGCAAAACCAGUUUACGUCCGAGGAAUUCCUGAUUACGAUUACAAAAUCGGAACUCUUAGAUUUUUAAGAAAUGUCAAACCCGUUAACAACAAAGAGGUGAAAGACGUCGAUGAAUUCAAGGCGUUCACAGGCGAAGGUUUCUCCCUACGAAAAUCUCGAAAAUAAGCUCUAUAUUUAAAACUUUUCAAUUAAAUUACGGGAAUGAAAUGAACUACGAAUUCGUGAUAUUAAAUGAAAUUACUUAAUGGAA